AUGGAGAAAAGCCUGGACAAAAAUGGGGCUUUAGCAAUCAUCAGAAAUGCAGCAGAUGUUGUGUGGGUAGGAGUUGAUUUAUAUUGCAAGUGGCAAGAUAAGGAUCUCCGCAAAACAAGUCUUCAAGGCAGAACCUCCAAGGAAACAUUAGAAAAGCUUUCCAAUGAAGCUGAAAGGACCGUUAAGCAGUUCCUCGGAGAAAUAAAAGAUUUCCUAAUGGAUAACCCUCUAAAUUGGCCACAGCGUGAGAUACCAAACUUGGAUCCUGAUAAAGCAGCUUACAAUGAUGAGUGGCGUACUUUUAUCAGGGAAGAUAAUGUGAAUUCUCUGGCCUCAAUUUCAAGUAUUGGAAGUGAAACUCAACAAACUAAUGAAUAG